AUGACGACCAGACAACUUCGUCCCGAUUUGGGCUUCUGGGAGAAGGUCGACGUGCCUUUCGUGCACCUGUCGGUGUACGCCAGCAUGCUGUACCAUGUCGUCGCUGGCGUAUUCCGUGGAAAAGCCAGUCCCAGGCGUUACGACCAUUUCAUCGCUACGAAUGUGAUUCGCAAGCUGGUGUCCCGCACUACGGAUCGACAGAAGCAGUACAUGAACGCGCCAACCCCGGAUGCUUACACAACUGCUAUGGCCAGCCAUGGCGUCCAGCCCGAGAGAGUGGCUCUGCCCCAUGGUGCGGAGGGCCUCUGGCUUGGAAACAAGAACGCCAAGAAAGUCGUGAUCUACUACCACGGUGGUGGAUUUGCUAUGCCCGCGAUCCCUGGCCACUUCAAGUUUUGGCUUGAGAUGAUCCGCGCUCUGAAUGAGGGCGGCCAUGAUGUGGCUGUUUUCUUCUUGCAUUAUACUCUCACCCCACACGCGCGGUACCCAACCCAGCUCCGCCAGGCGGUUGAGGCCCUGCGGUACAUUGUCAACGAGACGGGUCGCUCCCCGGCGGAUGUCGUCAUUGGCGGAGACUCGGCCGGCGGCAAUCUCACGUCCGCUACUAUACUGCACCUUUCGCACCCGCACCCGGAGAUUGAUCCAUUGCCGCUGUCGGCUCCAUUGGCAGGCUCUUUUGCCUAUGCGCCGUGGACUAACUUUAGUAAUGCGGGACCUUCUAUGAAGGAGAAUGCGUGGAAGGACAUCAUCACGCCCGAACUCCUGGAUACCUGGUCGAGUGCCUACAAGGGCGACAAGCCCGCUGAUAACUGGAACGAGCCAUUCAACGCACCUGCUGAAUGGUGGAAGGAUGCGAAGACGGAGCACAUUCUGGUCGUGGCUGGCGGGGACGAGAUUCUACUCUCGUCUAUCGAGCAGCUCGCGGAGAAGAUCAAGUCUGUAUUCCCCGCAACUACAUUUAUAAUCGGGGAGGACGAGUCGCAUGACUCGAUUUACUUCGUGUCUGCAAAUGAGUCAACCAAGACCGGCACUGAGUUGCGACAGUGGAUCGCAUCGCGUCUGUGA